CACACUCUUCUCUCUCACACACAAAGUUUUAUCGUAGGAUAGUUGGUCGCUGUGCUGAAAAUCUUCCAGAACCUGUUCCUGACCUACGCUCCUAAGCACAGAUCUAGGAUCAGCUCAUCCUCAUCAAGUCCAAACCAGGACAUUAACAAACCACAAGGGGAACACUGACCUCAGACCAGCGUUUAAACCCCACGUCUUCCUGCCAAGACACUGACACUCCGUCCAGAAUUCCUCUGCGCUCCAGCCGUCCAUCCAUCCAUCCAUCCAUCCUUCCUUCCUUCCAUCCAUCCAUCCAUCCUUCCUUCCUUCCUUCCUUCCUUCCUUCCUUCCUACCAUCCAUCCAUCCAUCCGUCCAUCCACACCCCAGCCAGCCAGCCAUGGGUCUGAUGAGUGAGGACAUGGAGUGCUGUGUCUGCCUCCAGCUCUACUCUCGCAGGGAGAAGAUCCCUCGGAUGCUCCACUGUAAGCACACAUUCUGUGGGUUGUGCUUGCAGGCGAUGUCCAGGCUCCAAAGCGGCCUACUGACAGUCUGCUGCCCCCUGUGCCGUUGGAUCACCUGCACCGAGCCCAGCCUCACCCUGCCGGGGUCGCUGUGGGUUAACACUGAGAUCUGGGACCAGAUACUAGACAGACAACAGGAAGAGAAGGAGGAGGAAGAGGAGGAAGAGUGGAAGGGAGCUCACAGACAGACACAGCCCACUACACAGUACACAUGUUCUCCAUCAAGGCAUUUUGGCCUGAGGCUCAAACUACAGAAUUUCCUGAGGAGGAUGAAGCACAAUGUACUGUAAACCAAGAAGACGAAGAGCAGAGAAAGAAGACUGUAUUUUCCUAUUUCAGAGCAGGAGAUACUCAUUGUGUAAUGAAGCUAAUUCAUAAAACAGGACCAACAGGGGAUGUUCCAUAAUGAAGCAAGAUUGAAUCAAUUAUUCAUAUGCUUUGUGUUUGAUUGACUUUGGGUAUGUGUAAUGUUCUCAGUCAACUUACCUGGUAAAAUAAGGGUUAAAUUAUAGUAUUAAUCAUAAAGGAUGGAUAGGUGGAGGAAAUAAAAAAUAAGAUAAUAAAUGGAUUGAGGAAGAAAGAAAGAAUAAGGAAGUUAUGAAUAGACAGACAGACAGACAGACAGACAGACAGACAGACAGACAGAUAGAUAGGUGAAGGUUAGAGACUGUGUGCUGUACAAUGUGUGCUGUGUACAAUACAAUAUGCUGUGAACAAUGUUUAGAUAGAUAUUUACAUAUUUACAUAUUUAUGCUUAUUUAUUUUCCCUUGUGUACUUUAACCAUUUGUACAUUUUUACAACACUGUACACUGUACACAUAUGUAUAAUAUGACAUUUGUAAUGUCUUUAUUGUUUUGAAACUUUUUAUUGGUUAUUUCACUUUUGUAUAUUAUCUACUUCACUUGCUUUGGCAAUGUUAACACAUGUUUCCCCUGCCAAUAAAGCCCCUUGAAUUGAAUAGAUAGGUAGGUAGGUAGAUAGAUAGAUAGAUAGAUAGAUAGAUGGGUGUAGGUUAGAGACUGUGUGCUGUACAAUGUGUGCUGUGUACAAUACAAUAUGCUGUGAACAAUGUUUAUAAUAGAUGUUUAAUGAUUUGAUAAAAGGUGUAUUACUGCGUGAAGGAAGUGGAGGUUAAGUAUUUAUUAUGACAUCAUUUUAGAACAGCUUCAAUGUUGCAGAUUGUUUCUUUUAUCAAUGUAAUUGUCUGCAUCAUUUCCAGUCCCCCAUCUGUUCUGUUUGAAGAGCAGGUUUUUAAUACUGGAAUUAUAUGUAUUGGUUAAUAAAUACAUCCACUUUAAAAUAA